AUGAAGUGGUGCGCACGCGCUGGGCUCACUGUGGGAUCCCCGGCCGAGUGCCUGGGUGGUGGGUUUCUGCCCCCAGGGCUCAGCUGCCCUCGGGGCUCCGUUCCAGGUUACCGCCUGGAGCCGCACGGCAUCCGGCCCUUCCAGCUGGCCGUGGCCCAGAAGCUGCUCUCCCACGUGUGCUCAAUCGCCGACUCCAGCACCCAGAACCUGGACUUGGGCUCCUUCGAGAAGGUGGACUUCCUGAUCUGCAUCCCUCCCUCAGAAGUGACCUACCAGCAGACCCUGUGCCACGUCUGGCACUCAGGGGUCCUGCUGGAGCUGGGCCUGGAGGAGGAGCACAUGACCAAGCAGAGGGUGGAGCAGUACGUCCUGAAGCUGGACGCGGAGGCACAGACAAAAUUCAAGGCCUUCCUGCAGAACUCCCUGCAGAAUCCACACACACUCUAUGUCCUCAUCCACGACCACGCCCACUGGGAUCUCGUGAGCAGCGCUGUUCAGAACGUCUGCUCCCAGAGCGAGCCCUGCGUGGGCCUGGUGGACAGACUGCUCAACUGCAGGGAGGUGAAGGAGGCCCCCAACAUCGUGACCCUGCAUGUGACCUCCUUCCCGUACGCCCUGCAGACCCAGCACACGCUCAUCAGCCCCUACAACGAGAUCCACUGGCCGGCCUCCUACAGUAACGGCGCCGACUUGUAUCAUGAGAAUAAAAAGUACUUUGGGCUGGCCGAGUUCAUCGAAUCCACCCUCUCCGGACAGAGCCUGCCCCUGCUCAGAUACGACAGCUCCUUUGAGGCCAUGGUCACAGCGUUAGGCAAAAGGUUCCCCCGCCUGCACAGCGCGGUGAUCCGGACCCUUGUUCUCGUGCAGCACUACGCCGCCGCGCUGAUGGCCGUGAGCGGCCUGCCGCAGAUGAAGAACCACACGUCGGUGGAGACGCUGGAGAUAGCGCAGAACCUGCUGCACGCGCCUGCCCAGUGCCCCCGCGGCCACGGGCUCAUGGUGCUGCUGCGCGUGCCCUGCGCGCCGCUGGCUGCCGUGGCCUACGAGCGCCUGGCCCACGUGCGCGCGCGCCUGGCGCUGCAGGAGCGCUUCGAGAUCGUCCUGGGCAACCCCAGCGCGGGCGUCACGGUGGGCAAGCACUUCGUGAAGCAGCUCAAGAUGUGGCAGAACAUCGAGGACGCGGCGUGGAGACCCCAGACCUACCUGGAGCUGGAGGGCCUGCCUUGCAUCCUCAUCCUCAGUGGGGCGGACCCACUCGGGGAGUCCUUGCCCAGGUCCCUGAGGUACUGUGACCUGCGCCUGAUCAACUCCUCGUGCCUGGCGAGGACGGCCUUGGAGCAGGAGCUGGCCCUGGCUGCCUACUUUGUGAGCAGCGAGCUGCCCUCGGACAAGGGGCCCAGGAGCGAGGCCUUGGAGAGCGACGCGGAGAAGCUGAGCAGCACGGACAACGAGGAGGAGGAGCCGGGGACCGAAGCGGGCUCUGCCUUGGAGCGGAGAAGCCCGGUGACAAGGGACAGGCCCUGCUCCCAGGACUCGGCGUCCUCGCCCCUGUCCUCCACGGCAUCCGGCUCAGCGCUCGCUGGGGAGGCUGGGGCUCCGCCCGCGGGGCCCCUGCAGAGAGAGCAGGCCAGGUCGCCCCCGCCCUGCGGCCCUUCCGAGGAGGGCAGGGUCCCCGGGGAAAAACCAAGGAGCCGGGCCAGCCAGGGUCCCCCGCCCGCCGCCAGCACACACAGCCCCGGGCGGCGCAGCCUGCACGCGGCGGUCACCUCGUCCUGCCAGCCGUCCUCCUCGGGCUCGUGCUCCUCGGCUUCGGCCGCCGCCAGCAGCGCCCUGGUCCUGCAGGCCCCACAGUGCUCCCUGGCCAAGGCCUGCCGGCAGCCGCCCAUCGUCUUCCUCCCCAAGCUGGUGUACGACAUGGUCUUGGCCACCGACAGCAGCGGCCUGCCCAAGGCCGCCUCGCUGCUGCCCUCCCCCUCGGUCAUGUGGGCCAGCUCCUUCCGCCCGCUGCUCAGCAAGGCCAUGACGUCCACGGAGCAGUCCCUGUACUACCGGCAGUGGACGGUGCCGCGGCCCAGCCACAUGGACUACGGCAACCGGGCCGAGGGCCGCGUGGACAGCUUCCACCCCCGCCGGCUGCUGCUCAGCGGGCCGCCCCAGAUCGGGAAGACGGGCGCCUACCUGCAGUUCCUGGGCAUCUUGUCCCGGAUGCUCAUUCGGCUGACGGAGGUGGACGUCUACGAUGAAGAGGAGGUCAAUAUCCGCCUCGGGGAAGAAUCGGAUUGGCGUUACCUGCAGCUCAGCGACCCCUGGCCGGAGCUGCAGCUGUUCAAGAAGCUGCCCUUCGACUACAUCAUUCACGACCCCAAGUACGAGGAUGCCAGUCUGAUUUGUUCCCACCAGCAGAGCGUCGCGAGUGAAGACGGGGGGACGUCUCGGAAGCCCGAGGACCUGUACGUGCGACGCCAGACAGCGCGGAUGAGGCUGUCCAAGUACGCGGCCUACGACACGUACCACCACUGCGAGCAGUGCCACCAGUACAUGGGCUUCCACCCCCGCUACCAGCUCUAUGAGUCCACCCUGCACGCCUUUGCCUUCUCUUACUCCAUGCUAGGAGAGGAGAUCCGGCUCCACUUCAUCAUCCCCAAGUCCAAGGAGCACCACUUCGUCUUCAGCCAACCCGGAGGCCAGCUGGAGAGCAUGCGGCUGCCGCUGGUCACAGACAAGAGUCGUGAAUACAUCAAGAGCCCCACGUUCACGCCCACGACCGGGCGGCACGAGCACGGGCUCUUCAACCUGUACCACGCGAUGGACGGCGCCAGCCACUUGCACGUGCUGGUGGUCAAGGAGUACGAGAUGGCUAUCUACAAGAAGUACUGGCCCAACCACAUCAUGCUCGUGCUGCCCAGCAUCUUCAACAGUGCUGGAGUGGGCGCCGCCCACUUCCUGAUCAAGGAGCUGUCCUACCACAACCUGGAGCUGGAGCGGAGCCGGCAGGAGGAGCUUGGGAUCAAGCCGCAGGACAUCUGGCCUUUCAUCGUCAUCUCCGACGACUCCUGCGUGAUGUGGAACGCGGCGGACGUGGACUGUGCCGGGGAGAGGAGCAGGGAGUUUUCCUGGACGGAGAGGAAUGUGUCCCUGAAACACAUCAUGCAGCACAUCGAGGCGGCGCCCGACAUCACGCACUACGCCCUGAUCGGCAUGCGCAAGUGGUCCAGCAAGACCAGGGCCAGCCAGGUGCGCGAGCCCUUCUCCCGCUGCCACGUGCACGACUUCGUCAUCCUGAACGUGGACCUGACCCAGAACGUGCAGUACAACCAGAACCGGUUCACCUGUGACGACGUGGACUUCAACCUGCGGGUGCACAGCGCCGGCCUCCUGCUCUGCCGAUUCAACCGCUUCAGCGUGAUGAAGAAGCAGAUCGCUGUGGGCGGGCACCGGUCCUUCCACAUCACCUCCAAGGUGUCGGAGAAUGCCGCGGCUGUGCUGCCCGCACAGUACAUCUGUGCCCCCGACAGCAAGCACACGUUCCUGGCGGCGCCCGCCCAGCUCCUGCUGGAGAAGUUCCUGCAGUACCACAGCCACCGCUUCUUCCCGCUGGCCCUGAAGAACCUCAGCCACCCGGUGCUGUCCGUCGACUGCUACCUUAACCUGGGCCCUCAGGUUUCCGUCUGCUACGUGAGCUCCAGGCCCCACUCCCUGAACGUCGGCUGCUCCACGCUCGUGUUCAGUGGCCUCCUGCUCUACCUCUGCGACUCCUUCGUGGGCGCCGGCUUUCUGAAGAAGUUCCACUUUCUGAAAGGCGCCACCUUGUGUGUGAUCUGCCAGGACCGGAACUCGCUGCGCCAGACGGUCGUGCGCCUGGAGCUGGAGGAGGAGUGGCAGUUCCGGCUGCGUGAUGAGUUCCAGACGGCCAACGCCGCGGAGGACCGGCCGCUGUUCUUCCUGACGGGGCGGCACAUCUGAGGAUGAAGCCUGCGGACUUCCUGGAGGAGUUGGCGUUCAGAGCCCUCGUGCUGUGAGGCUAACGGAAAUCCUUGAGCCGUGGGGUAUCGGAACUGGAACUGGCCCCAGGGACGCCUACACUGCAGGCCGCUUGUGGCAGGUGGCAGGCCCCGAGCUGGAUAGUGGCAGAGCCGUGUGGGCAGGAACUGGAACCCAAGACUCUGGCGUUCUGGGCCGCGCCACAUCAGCCUGGGCCGUGUCUGAGGUCGGGUUAUGAAGCACCAGCUUCCGCCUACCCAGUGCCUCCCUUCUCGGCAGUGGGCGUUUCGGGCUGAGGAUGGGUUUCAGCCUACUAGGGUUCCCUGUAGCCUCCUACAAAGCAAUAUUUCAAAAGGCUCAACCGUGCAGGCUGGAGACAAAAAUGAGUAGAUCACUUUUGAAGAUGCUUGAAUUGCCUGUGAGUUUGCUGUCUUACAAGCCAGCCCAAAGGCAUCAGAUUCAAUAAAGGAAAAUGUUCCUGUUAAAUGACCCUAUUAAAAUAGUAGAGGGUAGGGACUGGCGCUAUGGCGCAGCAGGUUAAGCUACCGCCUGCUGUGCCAGCAUCUGAGAGGGGCGCUGGUUCGAGUCCCGGCUGCUCCACUUCCGAUCCAGCUCCCUGCUAAUGCACCUGCGAAAGCAGCGCAGGAUGGCUGGACCACCCCUGGGCCACUGCGCCCCACGUGGGAGACCUGGGAGAAGCUCUGGCUUCGGCCUGGCCUACUCCUGGUUGUUGUGAUCAUUUGGGGAAAUGAACCAGCAGCUGGAAAGUACCUCUUUGUCUCUGUCUCUCCCUCUCUGUAGCUCUGCCUUUGAAAUUAAUAACUAAAUCUUUAAAAAAGUCUAGGGUAAAUAUCCUACCUCUUAGGGCACUAAAAUGCAAAGGAGCUUUCUUUGAAAUCAAAAGGGCUUUAAGGAGAAAAUCAGGGUUAAGGAAGUUGCCCUGAAUUUGCCUUACAAAGGAAGGAGGGCCAAAGUUCUUGGGAAAAAAAACAAUAAAAACAACCAAAGUGAUUUAUAAAAUAGUUGGGAGGAACCAGACUUGUGCCUAGAACAUAUCGAAGCUCGGCUUUCGGUUCCGUUGUAGCCUGUUUUCUUUUGCAAUUGCUGGACUCCUUUGGGGAGGGUCCCUGCUAACCAGAGAGAAGAGAACCGGCAUGUUCCGUGAGCCGCCUGGGUGGUUUCCAGCCAGCCCCGCACAGCGCCCCCUGCAGGCAGAUGUCAGACCAGGUGCUGGCGCUGCGCCGGUUUGGUUGAAUCCUUUCCAGAGCCUUUCACGUUUGGAAUCAUUCUCCCGACUUGCGAGACAGGAGGGGGCCUCGCUCAGUCACAGGCUGGGAGCACGAGCCAGACUCCUGCCUGCACGCCCAGGUCUCCCUGCCCCCCACCUCACUGCCGUGGAAGGGCCAUCACUGAAGGGAAACUUAGAGAUGUAAACCAUGACUCCCCAGCGUGCACCCUCUGCGUGCAUCUCAGACGCUGACUGGCACUCUGGUGGAUAACGACCCCGGAAGACGCGAUUUUGAAAGGUGAUGCCAAAGAAUUCACGUCAGUCUUUUUCCCCAGAAACCAAAGUGGACAAGGAUGAUUGAGAUCAGUGUUUAUAAAAUGAUCGCUUUGUAUAUGUCACUAUUCCUAUUGUGGAAUGAAAACUGGGCUUUAUUUCUAUUUGUGUUUUUGUAAAUAGCAGUUUCUGUAUCAUCCCCCAGUGUGUUAGUUAACUUAAGCUAAUAUUCUUGUUUGUUCCAGUCUUAUCAAUAAAACCUGUGAUGCAUUUAUUGUCUCUUCGCUGGGU